CCACGUCCUCUGCGGACGAUGCUGCUAGCGGUAGCAGCAGCAUGGUUCUUCUUUCCAGUCGGGAAGUGACGCCGCUUAUGGAGGACCAAGGACGUCCUGUUUCCGGUACGUCGCCUGCCUCAAGAUCGCCUGCCCAAGAACAUCAAUCUCCUUCGGAACACUACCUGGAGAACCGUAGAAUCCUCGGUGUAAGUCUCGAGGAGCUCGCUCGCAGGCAAGGGAUGACAGUUGAGCGUGGAGAGAGUCCAACGCGACAAGAUGAUCAUAGUUCGACGGACACUCGUACCCCUCAAAUAAAUGGACAAACUGAACAAGAUGAACAAAUAAUCGUGUCCUCGCCAGCCAUCGCGGGAAUGAACAACGACAACUACAGCGGCACUCCAGGUGGCGUUAUUCGUCGAGGAAAUGGUGGAAAUGGGCUCCCCAACUCGGCUCCGCGUAUGCGCGACUUCCCUGAGGAACGCAGCUCAUCUGGCGUGUGGCCAGGUUCUGAAGCUGGACUUGGAGGGCCUAUUGAGACGCCACUUGGUCGCCCUGUCAUCCUGUCAUCUUCUGGGAAGCAAGGUGGAGGAAAGGGCGCCUCCAAUCGUUCGUCAAAUAAUGUGAGGAAUACGAUGCACGAGCAAACUGGAGGGGACAUCUUCAACUCCGCUGAGAGCAGUAUUUUUGCAACUUCCAAGGGAAAAGGCAAGAAGGGCGACGGCAAGAAUGGUGCUAUUCCGGGGACCAUAUGGCGCGGCUCUUCAUCUUGGCAGGGAGAGUCUACUACAGGAGGGGCUUUAGGCAGCACCACGACUGCAGUUGUAGAUACCCAAGCAUCACCGGUUUUGCCCCACAGCACAAGCCCCUUCUACGUGGUUUCUGCAUCACCAACGCCAAACGCGUCGCAGCACCUAACUAACGACCUGCCGCUAAUGGAACGAGCGGAAAGACCCAGUGCACAAUUUGCAUCAUUCCUGACAAACGCUGUGCGUCCUUUGCUGGGUACGGCAGGAGAGGGCCGCGAUAGUACUAUCUC